GAAUAGACCCCCUGCAAGAAGGGAGAAUGUGCAUCAUCCCUUCUACAUAGUCAAAACUAAAAUAGGGUGAUAGAUAAGAUUCACAGACACUGAGGAAGAUUCCAGCACAUUGAGGAGGUUCUCCAGCCCUCAGAUCAUCUCCAUGGCCUCCUCUGGACUCGCUCCAACAGUUGCAUGUCCUCCCUGUGCUGAGGGCUCCAGAGUUGGACGCAGGCCCUUAAGUGGAUCUCACAGAGCGGAGGGUCCCAGCUAUUGGUAGAGGGGGCGUGGUUAAAGAGAGACGGAGCGCCGCCAUUGGCUGAAGUUGUGAUGGGCGUGGCUAAAGUGCGACCGGGACGCACAUAUAAAUCGAGGGAUGCCCAACUCCAAGGACGUGCUGGGGACGAGCAGCUCAGAUAGCAGCCUGGAAGAGGAGGCGGCAGAGACCAAGAAAAGAAAGAAAGAAAGGGCCUCCAAGUUGGAGAAAAAGCUGAAAACUGAAGCCAAACCUUCAAAGGAGAUGGAAAAAUCUGCAGGACAUGGCAGAGAAGAGGAGGACAUGUUCCAGAUUGGGAAGAUGCGUUAUGUCAGAGUGUCCUGCUUCAAGGGGAAGGUGCUUGUGGACAUCAGGGAGUUCUACACUGACAAGGAAGGUGACAUGAAACCAGGGAGGAAAGGGAUUGCCCUGUCUGCGGAACAGUGGAACCAGCUGAAGGAGAUGAUUCCCGAGAUUGAUGCUGCAGUCAAGAAACUAUAAACCGAAAAAUCUUGGGCGCCUUCAAUCCAAUUUCUUUCCCUCGAGUGCACUGACAUCUGUAAAGCCAAAGAUCCUCACUUGGAGCCUUCCUCUCGCCUUGGUGGCGUUUCCUCACUCAGGUGACGGUUAUGCUGGAAAAACUAGAGACUCUUCUGGUUUUGAGCUCAUAACGAGCACCUGGAAUUAGAGCCGGGUGUGGCCUCAAGCUGGGGAGGAACAGGACCCCAGCCUGGCAUUCCAGGGGCAGAUGGUUUCAGUUGGGUGCUUUAACUGCUCUA